CAAAUUGCCCCAGGGGUUGGCACAGCCAUCCAGAAACUCGCGGUUCCAGGGCAGCAGGGAAAGCUGCCCAGGGAAAUUCCGGCAGAUCAUCAUCUGGUGAGCCCCUGGAAACCAGACCCCAUGGCCUGGGAGGGCCUUGUGCCUACGUAACUGCGGACAACGGCAGAAGAAAGGCAGCUCAGUCAGCCCCUCACACGGGGCUCUGCUAGCCAUGUCGCCGACAGCGACCUCGGAGACGGAGCAGGAUGAGGAGCAGCGGAACAGGUUCAUCAGCAGGCUCAUCUUCUUCCUCUUCAUCUUCGGGGCCGUCCUCCUGUGUGUGGGAGUCCUGCUGUCCAUCUUUGGGUUCCAGGCAUGUCAGGAUGAAAGCGCCACAGACUGUAGCUUGGUGCUGAAGAUCGCCGGGCCCUCGUGCGCCGUCAUCGGACUGGGAGUUGUGAUCCUGGCCCGCUCGCGGGCACGCCUGCAGAUGUUGGAGGUGCGGCGGCGAGGCAACCAGGCCGAUCCGGACCAAGCCUUCCUGUGUGGCGAGAGCCGCCAGUUUGUCCAAUGCCUCAUCUUUGGGUUUCUGUUCUUGACCAGCGGUAUGCUCAUCAGUGUGCUGGGCAUCUGGGUGCCCGGCUGUGACUCGAACUGGGUGCAGGACUCACUCAACAUGACAAACUCCCCCAGGCCAGAACCCCAGAUCUGUGGGUUCCUAUCUCUACAGAUCAUGGGGCCCUUGAUCGUGCUAGUGGGACUGUGCUUCUUCGUCAUCGCCCACGUGAAGAAGAGAAACACCCUGAAUGCCACCCACGAGGUCUCUGAGAGUGAAGAGGGGCCGAGCCAGAGCAUGGAGCCUGUCCAGGUCACAGUAGGUGACUCGGUGAUCAUCUUCCCGCCGCCUCCCCCGCCGUACUUCCCUGAGGCUUCCGCAUCUCCCGUGUCUCCGGUUCACGGCACUGACGGUGCACUUCCCCACGAAAACCCACCUCCGUACCACAGUAUUUUUAAUCAGGGGACCCCCGCCCCUGAGAGCCAGGGCGAGGCCUCCGGGAGAGAUUGUGAAUCUAUAUUUACCAUUUCUGGGACUGAUGCAUCCUCGGAGCUGUCACGCGCUCCCUACCUUUCAUAUGAAUUACCUCCUCGAUAUGAAGAAAAGGACAGUGCUGCACCUGCCUCCCAGCCUCCUGCACCGUGAACUUGGACUCCGGUUCGAUUUUAUAUGUAUUGUGCCACUGUUUUAUUUAAUUUGUGUGUGUGUGUGUGUGUUUUU